CAUUCAACACACAUGUUGAAAAAGUUGUUUUCGUUGGUUGAUGUUUUUAACUUUUUAUCAUAAUUUAUUUCCUUACAAUGUUGUAUAUAUGGUGAAUGAGGUCUGAUCCUAGUUGAAAUUAUAUGCAAUAUGGCCUCUGUUUCGUUAAGUGAGGCAGAGAAAACGUUUAUUAUUCACGGAAUCCAGGAUGAUUUACGUUGUGAUGGACGAGAAUGUGAAACAUACCGGUUGAUAGAGCUUGAGUGUGGUCUUGUCUCCAACUGCAGCGGGUCGGCAAAACUCAAGCUUUCUAACACAGAUAUUCUUGUCGGGAUUAAAGCAGAAAUGGGUACUCCAAAAACCUACUUACCAGAUAAGGGUUAUAUGGAGUUUUUUGUAGACUGUUCAGCAACAGCUUCUCCCAAAUUUGAUGGUAGAGGAGGUGAGGAUCUAGCCUCCGAGAUAGCUACCACCAUGUCAAGGAUGUAUGGAAGUGCUGAGACUCUAAACCUGGAAGACUUAUGCAUAUUACCCGGCGAGUGUUGCUGGGUUUUGUACGUUGAUGUGGUGGUGUUGGAGUGUGGUGGUAACUUAUUUGAUGCAGUGUCGCUGUGUAUCAAGGCUGCAUUAGCUGAUGCUAGAAUUCCAAAGGUAACAGUACAGAUGGAUGAUGAGGGCAACCAAGAGAUGGAUGUGUCUGAUGAUCCACACGACUGCUAUCGCUUCAAACCGGAGAUGAUGCCCCUGCUGGUUACUGUAAAUAAGGUAAACCAGAAACAUAUUAUUGAUGCUACAAUUGAGGAGGAGGCUUGCAGCCUGGCCUGCAUCAUGAUAAGUGUGAUGCCGAAGACUGGAAAAAUUACCUCCAUUGUCAAGAAAGGCUCAGGAAGCCUGGAUCCUGACAGUACAACAGAUAUGAUUCAAUGCGGAAAACGUGUGGCAGAUCUACUGCACAGUAAUCUAAUGGACACCUUAAAUGCAAUUGAAAAGUCUGGCAGUAAAGUUGAAAAAGUUGGCUUCUUAGCUUAAAGAAAAUAGAAGCUGCAAAUAUUGCAAAAGUAUAUGGGCAGAGAAAUAUGUUUCAAGAUCAAUGACAGUUCUGUAUUAGGAAAGAAAGAAGAAAGUGGAUUUGUACAGACAAACAGAAUGAUAACCAAGCAGAGAGAACUCUAGAAUAGGCAGAAGUGAAGCUGAUUAUUCAUGACAACAGCUUCCUUUGGCAAGCGUAGCUGACAAGAGAAACGGAUGAAUGAUUGAUUUUAUGAGAAAUAAUAAUUAAUGUAAAUUUUUAUGAGACAGACAGUAGUACUGUGGCAACAGUCUCAUACACAAUUAAUUAUAAUGAUUUUGCCAUAUAAUCAGCAGUGAAAGUGAUGAUAGAGUUGUCAAAUACAUGUAGUUGGUAAUGUCAACCAAAGAUCGGAAACUAUUGCUAUAAAACAUGGGUGUAGGGACCCCCCAUGGCAGCAAAUUAGUUCCAUUGAGUGGGUUAAAAUAGAUAUUUAGUUCCGCAUUCUCAUAUUUCGCAACCCCCAGGUUGAGACCAACCUACGCCCCUGUAAAUGUUUUUAUAUAUUAAAAAUGGAGUUGAAUAGAUGCUUAAGAUGCUUGCCGUCUAACCCCAGGGUCAUGGGUUCAAUUUCUGUCAUAGCAGGACUUUCUCACGACUGAAAACAACUCCAAUCCCUAGGUCUCAAUAAGAGACUUGGUUUAUAAUAAUAGAUGGAUUUAUAUAGCGCAAAUAAACGAGGUCUCUAUGCGCUAGACAAUAAUGAAGUCAAGAACACAAAGAAAAAAGCCGGGAAAAAAAAAAAGCAUCAUUCCAUCCUAGAAGUGGCUAGUGCACUUGCUGUUGGAUUUGAAGGAAAUAAAUAAAAUUUAAAAAAUCAUCUACUCUCGUGUGGUAGAAUUUUAAAUAGUUUCAUAUCCGUGUGGUUCCAGCUGUUCUCUUGGACAAGUUGAGUAUAAAAAUAAACUUAAUGGCACUCUAAGUUAACACCCUAUACUGAUACAGUAGAUGGCAUCAUCAUCAGUGUUCUGCAUUGUCCUUUAUGACAGGACACCCAUAUUCACUGGUGUAUGCAGAAAGGGGAGUAGCUCCCUGCCCCAAAGGAAUUUUAACUUGCAUACACUUAACCUUAUUUCUCAAACUACUGCUCCCCAAUGCUAUACACUACCCUCGAGAUACACUACUGUGUGUCUGUAUCAUAAAGUGCAUAAACUGAGAUAUAAUGACAUGUGUUUACUGUACCCAACUGUAGUCAUUAUGAGCUUUUAGCUUCCUACCAUUGAGUUCAGCAAUAACAGUUAAUACAAAUAAGUUAUUGAGGAGUUUCCCUUCCAUUUUGCAGGGAUGUAGUUAUGGUGGGCAGGGCCACCCAGCCUGUCUAAAACUAAUUUCAUGGCCCUCCACCCUCCAUCCUUAAAAUCCACUCUUAUUAUUUAGAAUUUGCCAAUUUUAUCACCCACCCUUAGUUUUCUACAGCUACAACCCUGAUUUUGAAUGCACUGACAACCGAAAACCAUAAAAUUAAGAAAACUACAGUAUUUAUCUUCCAAAAGUGUUUAUUGUACAGUAAAAUGAAAAUUAAAAUGUGAAAAAUGUGUUGAUACAACACUACAGAAUUGUGCAUUCACAAUGUAGACAAACAGCAAAAUGUGUAAAAACAUUGACAUUGAUAUAAUGCAGUAUUAACAAGUAUUAUAUUAUUGAUACAACAAAUAAAUUGUGCUUCGUAGAGUGAACAAAAUUACCUUCAUUUUCAAUGUAUUAUUUUAAUAAACUCCAGAUAAAUUUUGAUUGACCCAGCUUGUAAUUUUUUUUCCCAACUUUAGUUUACUGGAAUGACGUUGACAAUGAGAUUGAUGAAUGUUGUCAGUACAUAUUUAUUAUAUACAAAAAAAUAACAUGGAUGCAUCUAUGCAACAAUAAGAGGUAGAACUUUAAUACUUUGCUAAUAAAGACGUGUUGACACCAAGCUUGAAUCUAUUAACUAUGCCAUAUGUUCAUACAGCAGACCAUUGCAUGUCUUAAAACAUGUACAAAAAUCUUAUUUAUAAAUAUUUUAGUGGCAGUCACAAUUGAUUGAAAUUAUCAUGUGAAUGAUGAAGGUAGGGGAAUGUAAUUGCAGGAUAGAGCAACUCAUGAGGCAGCCAAAGAUCAAGGGAACUCUCAAAAUUUAAAAAUUGUGGCACAAUAAUGCUUACAUACUUAAAAUAUAUUAUUUUACUACCUCAAAUUUUUACAUGUAUGUUCAAAUAACUUUCCGAACUACACACUCAUUUUAAGGCACUGCAUGCAGUACCUAUGGUUUACAUUAAUUUUCAUUGAAAAAUAUUUACAAAGAAUUAAUAUUUCUUUUGGUCAUAAAAUUGGGCAUGUUUCAAUGGAACUUUAAAAUUUCCAACUAAGUUUCUAUUUUAUUCAAAAAAUAUACAGUAGUGUUAAGGCAUACCUCAAUGAAUUUUCUAACAAUAAGCACAAUGAUAUACAGUACAUCCUUAUUUUUAACAUAUAGGGUAAUGUGAUUUCUUUCACAAAUAUUUACUGUACAUGUAUAUAUACAAGAAUCAAUUGUUUGAAGACUUAAAACCAAAUAACAUUUAUUCUAUUCUGUCCAGAGUCCUUUGGUAAAUUUCUUUUUCUGGUAUGGAUGUUAU